AUGAUGAUGGAUAUACUGAAUACACAGCAACAAAAAGCGGCUGAAGGCGGGAGAGUUCUGGCUCCUCAUACCAUCUCAAGUAAGCUCGUGAAGAGAUUAUCAAGUCAUUCCAGCCAUAAACUAUCAAGAUCUGAUUUGAAAGCAUUGGGUGGCUCGGAAACAAUAAGCGACGGCCCCAGUCAGCUGACUUUUAAGGACCGAUACGUUUUCAAUGAAUCGCUAUACUUGAAAAAGCUAAAAAAGACCGCUUUAGAUGACUACUACACGAGGGGCAUAAAACUCACUAACCGCUACGAGGAAGACGACGGUGAUGACGAAAUUAUUCGGUUGUCUAAUGGCGACAGAAUUGAUGAAGACCUGCACUCAGGUGUCAAGUUUUUCUCCACUACACCUUAUUGCAGGAAAAUGAGGUCAGACAGUGAUGAACUAGCUUGGAAUGAAAUUGCGACCGAACGGUUCAAAUGGCAGUCAAUGCUGGCCAGAGUGCUGAAGGGAGAUAUUGUUAAAGGUGAAAAGACGAGGAUUGCUAACCAAGUCAAGAAACCAGGGUUAAAUAAGGAGCUCUCAGAUGAGAUAUGGCUCGAAUUGAAGGCAUGGCUGAAUGGGAGGACCAUGCAAGAGAUGGAACAGUCGCUUACAUAUUUAAGAGAUAGUUCAGAUUCCGUUUUUGAAGAGAUAAUGAAGUUUCAAAUUCCACAGGGCAAGAUAUUGAGCCUGGAUGCACUGGAGGCCAUCUUACAAGACCUCAUGAACAGAUAUCACAGCGUUGUCUCUUAUUGGCCUAACUUGAAAAAAAUGUAUAAGGAUAAACCAAUCACCAAUACUGCAGAAUUUACCGCUAGAAUAGACGUAAUGAAUUCUUGGCUGAACUUUAAAACGAACUUAACGUUGAGGAGGCAAGAGUUGGACGACUGGAUAAACCGUUUCUCACCGAUAAGUAGUUCGGAUAAUUGCCAAGAGGAUUUUGAUGGUGUGCCCCAAUGGAACUGCAAAAUGAAGAUUCUUGCAGAACAAUUGAUGAAGGAAAAGAACAUCGAGUCUAUAUUCCAAAAAAAAAUUUUCUAUCCGCUAUCACCUUGGAUGUUCAAACUGAAACUACAUUUUAUAGUCUACAGAGAAACUUUGACAAAGAUGAACAUAAAAUAUCCUUAUGAAAGGUUAAGAUCACUACUGGCGUUCCCCGUCUAUUUAAUCAAAGAAGUUAUUUUGACUAGAUUGUCAUAUGCACGAAAGCUUAAAAAUCCAACAAUGAUGAUGAUCGAUCAAAUGAUCGAUGAUUUUAACGCUUUUAUUCGACUUUCUGUGCAAUUGAAGUACACACUGACAAAAUAUUGCUCCAAUUUGCCGUUCGAUGUGGAUUUUGACCCGACGUUCGAAAAUACUGUAAUAGAAGCCAUUCGUUAUUUAUUUUUUCUGUUGAAUUUAAAGUUGAUUGAUUCCAGUAAACAAAAUUUCAAAGCACCCGAUCUACUCUUGAAAUACUGGGAUCACCUAAAAAACACCGGUCACUAUAUUAACGGUGCAGAAACCGUGAUUCCAAAUGAAUUUCUCAAGUUAACUUUGAGACUCGUACAUAAAUUGCAAUUCUAUCUUUUGAAACAACAAAACUUCCCACCAACAUUUGCUAACGCUUCAGAAGCAGAAAAAUGGCUAAGUUCCAUUUUCGAAAAUUUGGGUGCCAUGAAAAGAAAGCUGAACAGGUUCAGCAAUAUUCUAGUCAAGGCGUUCCAAAAUUCUGCUGUUUAUCAGAUUAAUCAUAAUGCACAACUUGUUAAAAAGUUAAAAGAUGCUCACUAUUUUUUGGUAUACUCCGGUAACACUUUUGAGUCUAGUGGUGUAUAUAUGUUUGCUGCUCCUGAAUUAUUAGGUUGUGACAAUGAUACCAUCUUAAGAAUUUUGCGAAAUAAAUCCAUUGGCUGUGAUUUGGUCCCAAAGCUUGACAUUGGAAAUAAUUUGAAUGUGUAUGAUAUAACAACAAAAGAAACAGAUUUGAACAUUCUAGUAUCGAAAGGGGAGGAUUCCAAAGGAAUUCCUUACUACCGAGUAGUAGCAAAUUCGUCAAGUGAUUUGGACAGGCAUGCUCAUCAGUCCAAAAAGAAGAAUUUUUCAACAGACCCUUUUGAUCAGCACCUUGAUGAAAAGAACAAUGAAGUUUUUGAAUUGGAAGUUGCUUUGAGCUCAUUGGGUGCACUAGUUGUACUAUAUCCUGGAGAGCCAGUAGUUUGGGAUGGACCAGUAUAUAAGCUUCCAGGUAACAACCUUUUUGCAUCCAACGAAAUGGAUUUAGGGAAAAUUGGUAACCCAAAUACGUUGAUUUUACUCAAUCAAGGUUCUAAUUAUGCACUGACUUAUCAAAUCGACAAGUUUAAUCAAACGGUAGGUGAUUCUGUUUCAUUCAUAGAGAAACGUUGUUCACUCAAUUCAAUUGAAUCCUCCCUACAAAAAAUCAAUAAGGCAUAUUACAAACUUACUUAUACAGUAUUGAACAACUACAAAGGAAUUCUAGGUAGCUUUAUGAAGCAAUGUCCGGGAAAUGAGUUGUUAAAUUCGAUAUUCAUGUUUGGAAGGGAUUUUGGAAGAAGUUUCCUUAAAUAUAACGCCUUUAGCUCAAAGAGGAAGUACGUUAUCAUCUUUCUGAUGGUUAAAUUAGGAAUGAACUGGUUGAAAUUCCUUGUUGAAGAGUGUGAUCCUACCGAUCAGCGAACUUUCCGAUGGUGCGUUCUUGCAAUGGAUUUUGCGAUGCAGAUGACUAGUGGUUAUAAUAUCCUGGCGCUGAAUGUAAAGCAAUUUCAAGAACUGAAGGAGAGGGUAUCAGUAUGUAUGUCAUUAUUAAUUUCACAUUUCGACGUUAUGGGUGCACGAGCCACUGAAGCUGAAAAUGGCAUGCAACAGGCAAGAUUGAAUAUUGAUACUGAAGAGAAUAUUGAUGAAGAGGCCACCCUAGAAAUAAACAGCAGGUUGAGACUGGAAGCUAUAAAGACGUUGGAAAAGACUAUGAAGAGGAAUCCCAGGCAAAUGGGUAAGGUAUUGGAUGCUACAGAUCAGGGAAACAAAUACCUACUAUCGCUAGCAUCCUCAUUAUCGAAUGUAUCAAUGAGGUGGCAAAAAAGAAGCUUCAUUGGCGGUGGAACAUUUGGACAGGUAUACUCUGCAAUUAAUCUGGAAAACGGUGAAAUCUUAGCUGUUAAGGAAAUAAAGAUACACGAUACCACAACAAUGAAGAAGAUUUUUCCCCUGAUUAAAGAAGAGAUGACCGUAUUGGAAAUGUUAAACCAUCCUAAUAUUGUCCAGUACUAUGGUGUCGAAGUACAUCGCGAUAAAGUUAACAUCUUCAUGGAAUACUGUGAGGGUGGUUCUUUAGCCUCGUUAUUGGAUCAUGGAAGAAUUGAAGAUGAAAUGGUAACACAAGUGUACACAUUCGAACUAUUAGAAGGUUUGGCAUAUUUGCACCAAUCUGGCGUGGUGCAUCGCGACAUUAAACCGGAGAAUAUCUUGCUGGAUUUCAAUGGAAUCAUAAAAUAUGUGGAUUUUGGUACGGCACGUACCGUUGUAGGAUCUAGGACUAGAACUGUGCGGAACGCAGCCGUUCAAGAUUUUGGAGUAGAAACAAAGUCCCUCAAUGAAAUGAUGGGGACACCGAUGUAUAUGGCUCCAGAGACUAUUUCAGGCUCGGCAGUUAAGGGAAAACUUGGAGCGGACGAUGUAUGGGCAUUAGGAUGUGUUGUGCUAGAAAUGGCCACAGGUAGACGACCUUGGUCUAACUUGGAUAAUGAAUGGGCCAUCAUGUACCACGUUGCUGCAGGUCGAAUACCGCAACUACCCAAUAGAGACGAAAUGACUGCAGCGGGAAGAGCCUUCUUGGAAAGGUGUUUGGUUCAAGACCCCACUAUGAGGGCUACUGCUGUGGAACUACUGAUAGACCCUUGGAUGAUACAAAUCCGUGAAAUAGCAUUUGGCAACUCAGAGAAAGAUCAAGUACCUAUCCUAAGCUCAUAG